AGAGCGCUUUGGCGAUUUCCAAACUGUCACCGGUCUGUUGCUGCGGGAGGAGAGGCGGCAAACAUGUAAACACACGUCCGUCUUGCAACCUGCCGCAUGCUGAUGCAACUUGAUGGAGGACUACGACGCGUUUGUGCAGCUUCGCCUCUCUCUGAGGAAAAGUGAGGAGGAGGAACACAGCGCACCUCCACCUGCAUCUUCUCUGAUCCGCUUCUAUGGGCGAGCCAUCCUUCCUCCCCUGCUUGGAGGGAAGCAGAGAGAAGAGAUGCAGGGACACCGAGAUGCAGCGCAGAGAGCUGCUGUCCAGAACAAGUUAAAGGAUGAUUCAAGAAUGGCCUAUGUUCAAACUAUCCUACACAGUGUUCAGCUAAGGAAGACGCCAACACUGGAAGAGUUGCUUCACGAGUCUGAGAUUAACACAACAUCUUCAUAUUCCCAUAACACCAUUGGUGGAGCUGUGUCACAGAGCAAUUCAUUCAUAGGAACAACAUAUAGUAAUUUGCUCUCAUCACCACCCGGAAGGAAAGAAAAGGAGGAUGUUUCUCUUCCUCCGUUGACAUCAACUACAUAUAGUGCCUUUUUUGCCUCAAAUGUGACACCUCAGCAAAGUUACCAGGAAGAAUGUCUUAUUGACCAACAUUACAGCCAGCAGGGAUCACAGCCAAUCCACCAGUCAGUAUCCUCUGGUUAUGUGACAUACGAGAAUGUUGAGAACACCACCAGUGUCUCUGGAAGGAUUGUUGCAGAGAGAGAGAGCCAUGGCUUUACCUCCUUUGAGGAAGCUUAUAAUAAUAAUAAUAAUAUGGAUGGCUUUUUCCUUCACAACACCUCAAACACAAUCGCCAAGAUGCCAGAUAUUAUUAACUACCCACCCAUAGAUGGAGAGGAAUUGGAAAGGAGUGGACUGGAGUCCUCUUUUUGUAAUAACUUAAUAGUUGUACAAGAUAUUUGUUGCACCUUGCUCAAGGAGGAUUCAGUCAUAUGUUACCCUUCACGAGUAGAGAAUUCUGAAAGCAGUCAUCUGGACAGCAAAGAGGGCGGAGAUAACCUUCCCUUCAGCACAGUACUUGACGUUGACAAAGAUCACAAUGUGGACAGAAUUGAUGGCCCAGUCUCGUCAUCAGAAAACAGUGGCCUUACAGACAAUCUAGAGUUAUCACAGACAUUAAGCACUCAUCACAGUCCAACACCAGAGUUGCAUAUUCAACACGACUCCACAGAAUCAGACCCAGCGGACAACCAUGUAGAUGAAGCAAAUCCAUCUGAGGAGCCUUAUCGCCUGAGCCUCCAGGCCUUGCUAAAGAAAUCUCAGGAGUAUCGGCGACGCCAGCGGACGCUUCGGAACCAAGCCAAAAACACUAGAAUUCAGGAGAGGACCCACGAACAGACAAGGGCGGAGGAGCGGAGCCUCUCUGAUAAGGAGAAUGACGAGUUCCCUGACAAAAGGACCAUGACCACAGAGGGGGAAACAACUAAAGAGAGCAGAGGCACUUUUAUCCUGUCUGUGGAAACGUCGCCAAAGAAAUCUUGGAAAAAUGAGAGGAUGUUUGAGCUUGAGUCCAACUUUAAAUCUGACAGCACACAUUUACCAGGAGAUGGACAUUCUAAGGAAAUGACUGCUGUUGAGGAGGAAACAAUCUUCAAAAAUAAUAAUCUAAACAUUUCACAAGAGGUCAUAACAGAGCCUAAACAAAUCAGCACCUUCCUUCUCCAACAGCCCACAUUGACAGAGACCUCGUCUGUUCAGGAAGCCUUUUACUUGACCACCUGUCCUGCAGCUUUUUCUAAUGGUGUUGGGAAAUAUCACAGUAUCCCAGCCCCUAAUUUAUGUCGGAGUCCUGUGUACUGCAAGCGCAAAGGCAGUAUCCACGAUGGAGAAUCUCUUGAUGGGGCCAAGACCUUGAAGAAAGUUUUGGUCGAGACUGGUUUGGUUGAAGACCACAAGGCAGAAGAAGUUAACCUGGGAUGUAAUAGUCCAACAGCAGUUCCUCCCACUGUGAAUCUAAUGGUUGAAGGUGACGUAACAAGCGUUUCAGCCAAGAAUUCACAGCACAUAGAUCAGCUUGAGUCCAAUCUGUCCAGUUUGAAAGUACUGAUCUCGGAUCUGGAGUCCACACUAACAAAAAACUUGGAGAAUCACGACCAAACUGAGAGCGACACUCAAAGUAAGUUAAGUUUCAAAGGCAUCGAGCACUCUUGUCAAAGGGAUUGUGACUAUUGCACGGACAAAGUGAGGGAUGAUGAUGAUCAUAGCAACGAUGCAGAACAAGACAACGGGUACAGGGAGUGGCAGAGAAGACUAUCAUCAGACAAUUUCAACAAAAUGCAGGAAGAUACAGGACCUGAACUGAGCAGAUGUGACACAGACGAUGAUACUCUCAUAGUGCAGCUAAAAGAAACCGAGGCAGUUAACGUAACCGAGCUCAGGCUAGUCAAAACCUUAGCGACAGAGAGAGGAAAGGAGCAGGGGACAUGUGGAGAAGGACUUACAAAGACGUAUGGACAGCAUGGUGGCAGUAGAAAGCCCACAGCUAAAUGCAUCGUCUCUGUAACACAACGGCUGCGAAUUCCUGAUGUAUUCAGAAAUGCUCCAUCCGCAACCGCAGCUUUGCGUAACGUCUCGGUGUUUUCGGAUACCAGCAACCGUCCAGUAGAAAGUAGGACUGGGACAGCUGGAGAAAGUCAUGACUCUACCCAAUCGCCAUCUCUCAACCAGUCGUAUGACGUGAACGCACCGUCUGGUCUGUGGCUCCUCGAAGGGUCAGGAUCCGACAGGGGCCCAAAAGGUCAUCUUGUUCAGGAGAAUCAUCUGACUCCCGAGAGUGGAGCUGAGGGUCAGGGCGGGGCAUCCAAGGUCAAACGGAGGCUGCUCAUGCACAUGACGGAGGAGACGCGGGACAGGAGUGCAGGUGCCAGCAGAGUUGCAGGCUCUGUGGUCAGACCCAACUCCAGCACUCCUAGAGCUGCUGUGCCAUGGUACGAAGGCCAUGGCGGUCAAGAAGACAAGCAGGAAGAACUGAAACAGGCCCACGCUGCUCAGGUCAGAGCCCUGCAAGAUGAGCACAGGAGACAACAAGAAGAGCUACUGCAGGCAUUGGCAGUGCAUUACCGCCACCUCCAAAGCGGAUCCUUUCCUUGCUCCAUGUCAAGCUCACAUUUUGGGGACAAGUUGACCUCUUCUACCCUCUCUCAGCCCUCCAGCUCACUCUCAGAGCUCUACCGCCCCCUGCUGUUAGCAGCUGUGAAAGGUUUUCUGGCUCGCAGGCUGCUGAAGACUGAGAGAGUGGCACAGCUGGUGCGCACCAUCAGGGACACAAGUCAGUUCCUGCUGGCCCUCCAGCGGCAGAGCCCUGGCAGAGGAGAGUUUUCUAGCAGACAGGAUCUGUUAUUACAGGAGAGAGUCACUCUGCAGCUGCGCGCUGCACGUUUUGAGGUCCAUGACAUCUUCUUCAGCCUGUCAGCCGGAGAGAGGAUGGAGCUGAUCAGCUGGGACAGAGAACUGGCCAAGGAGAGAGAGCUCAGACGACAGAGUGGAUACACAGGCCAUCUCAGAGGAAAGAGUUCUCUGUCAACUGCAACACAAAAAUCACUGGAGAGAAAGAGAAGAAUUAUGAUCCAGAAAAAGGUUGCAGAAAGGCACACAGGAGUCGUGACAAGGACUGGACACAACACUCGGUUCUCUGCCGAGCAGCCGCCGGAAACCAAACGAGGACAGUUCAGAACAAAUCCUCAGAGGAUCCCCAAGAGCACCUGUUCCUCCAGACCCCGAUGACCCUUUCCUAAUUGGCCCCCAGUGAGAACUCCUAAUUCUUGUGAAUACCUACAUAUUAUAAAACUUAUCAUUUUAGAGUUUCCGUUUGACACAAGGCGAUGCCAGUUGUUUUACAUUGAGUGGAUGCUCAGAUUGGGAUAAAAUAUCACUACAGCUGCUCUGUCAAUCAAAGGUCAAGUCUGCACCAGUUCACUAAUGUUCAGAUGUCAGUGGGACAGUUAGUUGUCCUAAAAAGCUCUGUGCAGUGUACCUGAAAGAUGCUGCAGACAUUCUGAAGAUGAGUUAACACAGGAAAAGAUGUGAUGAAUAACACUAAUGGUGCCUCCAUACUAUUUUGGAUAUCAAGUAAGGAUUGCUCUUUGGCUAACUGUACUCCACUUGUAGACAUGCAGCCUGCAAUCAGGGCUUUAAAAUGUACAAUGCGUUGUCUUAAGUGGUGAACAGUUGAGAGGUUAGCAUGAAGUAAGCCCUGGCCAUGAGCCAGCACGCUCAAUAUCAAGACUGAGGGACCAAACAACCUACUGGAAUGCAGCGACGAUUAAAAAGAUUAAUUACACCUCAAAAUUUGUCCUGUGGAAAGGGUCUGUUAAUCAGGUUAUUUUGUCCGCAGUGAGUGUUUUUCCAUUUGUCUAAUGUUCAAGCUCUACUUUGAGGGUGAACUUCAACAUUUAAUUAGUCUUUUGCAUCAAAUGUAUGUGCCUUGUUCAUUCCCACCAAAAACAGACAAUUUCCAGAUGUAUUGGCACAAGUUAACUCUUUUAAUAGGAAAUGUACACAUUUAAGUUGUAGGACAGUGUGCUCACUUUUACAGAAAUGUUAAUAUGCAGCUUCAGAUCUUACUUGUCCUAGUGUCUUGGGAUCACAUGUAAAACUUUGUUUUUAUUUUUAGAGACUUUGGACCUGUUUUGUAUGUUAUUUAUUUGUAUGUUGUUGGCAGCGGUGUCGUUAGGCCUAUUUUAGGGGGGCUUUAGCCCCCCAAAAUAAUUUGGCAUUAUUUGCUUUAAAAGUUUUUUAAACAUUUUUUUUAUGUCAUUAAAUUAAACUAUUGUUUCUGA